CUACAACAGUAAAACAAAGUCUUCUUGAUCUUCUAUCAAAGUGAAAUACGAAAAUGGGGUGCAAUUUUACUCUUUUCUGCUUCUUGGCAGUUAUGCUAAGUGACCACAGAGCUCUGUGUGACUAUGUGGUUGAAGUAAAUCUCAGGUCCUACAACAACCCAGAGAGCAGAGCUGGUAACAAUGGAGAAUGUUGUGAUCCAGCAGAAAACAGCGAUCUUUCGAAUGAUGGAAUAUGCACUGAAGAUGAGCUCUGUGAUAACUUCUUCAUAUCCUGUUUGCGUCCAUUCAAUACUCCACCUACAGAAACAAGUGGAUGCAUCACUCCACCAAUAUUUAUUACAAACAUUCCCGUUAAUGACGAUUCUCUGGAUUUCACCUCAACUGAUUUUGGAGUGCCUAUAAAUCCACUAACAUGGACUGUUAACGGCUCUUGGCAGAAUGGUAUCCAACUGUAUGUUGUAGUGGUUGAUAAAGAUAAUGAUGAUACCCAGGAUCACGUUGAUACAUUCACUAUCGAACUUGGUCUCAACAGAGUAAUGUUCACUAACAUAAAAGGAAAUCAAGAACAUGGAAUGAUCAGUCUAACUGCUGAAGUGUACUGUGAACAAUGUCAAUUCAUUGAUGUGUGUGAAUGUGAUAGUAUCACGUGCAGUGGAAGUGGCGUGUGUGUUAAGAUGAUGAAUAACUAUCCCUGUGUCUGUAAUGGUGAUUUCAUGGGAGACUGUGAGUUGAUAAACUAUUGCUUUGACAACCCUUGCAAUAGAAAUGGAACAUGUAGUAAUGAAGAAUCUUCAUACAUUUGCGACUGUAAUCCUGGAUAUACUGGGUCAAACUGUGAGACAAAUAUUGACGAAUGUGAUGGUCAGAACUGCAGUGGUAAUGGACUGUGUAUGGAUGGAAUCAACUCGUAUGCUUGUGUAUGCAAUGCUGGGUAUACUGGUAAUAAUUGCAGCACGAACAUUGACAAUUGUGAGUUUCAAAAUUGCAGUGGAAAUGGUGAAUGUAUGGAUGAAAUAAACUCGUAUACUUGUGUAUGCAAUGCUGGGUAUACUGGUGUUAAUUGCAGCGCAAACAUUGACGAUUGUGAGUUUCAAAAUUGCAGUGGAAAUGGUGAAUGUAUGUAUGAAAUCAACUCGUAUACUUGUGUAUGCGACGCUGGGUAUACUGGUGUUAAUUGCAGCACAAACAUUGACGAUUGUGAGUUUCAAAAUUGCAGCGGAAGUGGUGAAUGCAUUGAUAAUCUCAAUUCAUAUACCUGUGUCUGCAAUACCGGAUUUACAGGUAUGAACUGUAAAACUAACAUUGAUGAUUGCGUGAAUCAAGAUUGCAAUGGACUCGGUACGUGUAUCGAUGGCGUAAACUCGAUCUCCUGUAACUGUGACUCUCCGUUCACUGGGUCGCUAUGUGAGAGGAUUGAUUAUUGUUAUGGUGUGAAUUGUAACAAAAACGGUCGCUGCAUUAACGAACAUAUUAAUUUCACUUGUAAAUGCAAUCCUGGAUUCACUGGAGAACUGUGUAGUAUGGAUAUGCAAUCAAAUGGAGUGGAUGGAGUUGUCAUUGAGGCACUAGUGGGUGGAUUAACAGCUGCACUUCUUCUGUUAGUGUUGAUCAUCAUCUUGUUGCCAGUGGCCUGUCUUGUAAGGAAAAAGAAAUCUACCCACUUCCCUAAUGGCUGGAUACAUGAAGACAACGAAGCAUACGGUAUCCCCAACAACUCUUUGGAACGAACCACAUCCACAAAGCUAACCAACACGAUGAGAUCAGAGUUUGAGAACACCAAUUUACAGUCGACAGGGGUCAACAAUACUGAUUAUGAAGAGAUUGAACUCACAAGAAUUUCUCAAUGAUAAUUAGAAUUUUUCAAGUCUCAGUGAGGAACUACAUGUACGUUUAUACCACUAUAAUUUUGCACGAUUAUUAGUGCCUUUAAUUUACAGUGCAUCCAGCUUAGAGAGUAGAUUACCACAAAUUUGUGAGUAGUUGUACUUAAAUGUA